AUGGAUUUGAUCCACCAGCUUCAACCCAACGCCGUCAUCUUCUCCGACGCCGGACCUGACGUCCGGUGGAUCGGUGACGAAGCUGGAGUCGCCGGUUCCACUUGCUGGUCACUUUUUAACCGAACCAAUGCCAAAAUCGGCGACACUGAUCCUCUGUAUUCACAGGAAGGUGAUGGCUUUGGGCAAGAUUGGGUACCUGCGGAAUGUGAUGUAUCGAUCAGACCGGGUUGGUUCUGGCACGCGUUGGAGUCACCUAAACCGGCGGUUAAGCUCUUGGAUAUAUACUACGACUCUGUGGGAAGAAACUGUCUCUUCUUGCUCAAUGUACCUCCUAACACUUCAGGGCUAAUAUCUGAACAAGACAUCAAGGUUCUUGAGGAGUUCCGCGAGAUGAAAAAAUCGAUUUUCUCGAACAAUCUCGCCCGUAAAGCCACGGUGGUUAACUCGACCAGCGUCCGCGGCGACCAGAGCUCGCAGUUUGGUCCUGAGAAUGUUUUGGAAGAAGGGUUAGAGAAAUAUUGGGCUCCAGAAGAGAAGCAGAAGGAGUGGGAGUUGCGUUUUGAGUUUCAAGAACCGGUUAGUUUCAAUGUGUUGGAGAUUCAAGAACCGAUCCAAAUGGGUCAGAGAGUUGCCUCUUUUCAUCUCGAGAUACAGAGUAUUGGAAGCAAGAAGUGGGAGAGUGUUGUGACCGGUACGACCGUUGGGUUCAAGAGGCUUAUACGGUUUCCGAGAGUCAAGUCUCGGUCACUGAAGCUUGUCGUGGACAAAGCUAGGACCGAUCCGCUUAUAUCGUACCUUGGAAUCUACAUGGACAAGUUUUCGGAUUCGAGUAGAGGAAACUCAUCGAAGAUAACAAUCACAAGGACACUAAAGGAGGAGCAAGAAGAACAACUACAUAGAAUUGAACGGAAAGGAGGAAACUUUGGAAAAUCAGAGAAAGCCCUAAAAAUGGAAGCCGCCGAUCAAACGGUGAUCUGCGAGUUGCUUGCCGUCGAUCUCAGCGAUUACUGCUACAGAGUUUGCUCUCGCUGCGAGAGAGUGCUUCCCGGAGAUUAUAACAGUGGCGUUUCCUCUUCUUCAUCUUCUUCGCUAUGCAAGUUCUGCAAUUCAAAAGAACCCAAAUUGCUCUACAGGAUCCUCCGACUCUUCUCUUCGGUUGCUCAGCCGAUGAGUUCUUCCACUUCACCAAGCUCAAUCCUUUAA